GAUCCUCAUUUGUAUCGAACACAAUGUUUACUAUUCUUUGAACAAAAGGCUGAUUGCCCUUUUUACAUUUAGAAGAGUUAUUAAAAUUGACACGUCAACGAAGGAGUCACUGACCUUAUAAGAAAAAUCAUAUUUUUAUAAGAUCAGAAUACACGUCAAGAUGGCGGCCGGUGACUUCUUUUUCACCCCUUGGGUAUUGCUGCUUAUAACCAGGGAAUGUCACGAUAAGUUCUUUCUAGAUUAUAAUUUCUUCGAUGUUCCAUGUUUGAAACUUGUUAUCAGCAAAGGACUUGGUUAUGGGGUAGUUGUCGGCUCAGCAAUGGUGAAAGUACCUCAAAUAGUGAAGAUUUUGAAGGCCAGAAGUACGGAAGGCUUAAACAUCCUGUCUUUUUAUGCAGAACUGUUAGCAUACACCUUGACUCUUGCAUAUAACUUAGAAAAAGGAUUCCCAUUCAGUACUUGGGGAGAAACAUCAUUCAUGAGUAUUCAAACAGUUAUUAUAAUCAUGCUCUGCUAUUAUUACAAUGGUGUCAUAACUGGGGCUAUAUUAUUUCCAAUUGCGUAUUCAGUCUUUGUGUAUACAUUAACUUGUGGUGUGGUGCCAGUAGACAUACAUACUAAAUUGCAGUUUGUUGUCAUGCCCAUCGUAUCGUUUAGCAAAUGCCUCCAAAUAUACGAGAACCUGCGCAAUGGCCAUACCGGACAAUUGUCAGGUCUGAUGGUAUUCCUCCUGUUCGGUGGAUGCAUAGCGCGUGUUUUCACAACAUAUCACGAAACUGGAGACAUGAUCCUCCUUGCCAACUUCCUCCUGGCACUCGUCCUAAACGGGAUUUUGCUUUUCCAAAUCGCCUAUUACCCUGAUAAACAUGCGGAUGGGAAGGUUAAAAAAAGUGAAUAAUGGAAGUUCGAGAUUAUGGCCU